AGUGGAGUGAAAGCACGGUGUCAUGUAUGAGACGUUUGAAUUCCUUUUCCAGCCAUUACUAAGCACUCGUAUUAACGGUGGUAGGAUUCGUUGCAUGAAGAAUUAUGCGGUCACAAACAUGUACGAUUAAAGCUAAUAUUAAGAAGUUAUAUUUUUAGCCAUCUUUUAAGAGGGCUGGGCAGCCAGCGGCAUCUGAGCGGCACGGUCAUCAUUGGUUCAGCAGAGGCUGUGGAUGCAGUCUGUAACGUAAGUGGUAGACUACACCGAGCUUUGGGAGUAAGCGGUACAGAUACACUGCCUCUACUUUGCCAUCCUGACAGAGCUGUCAAACAAAACGUUCUAUUUAAAUCUGGGGCUUGGGGGCAGGAGGAAUGGGGGUUGUUUUUCUGCUAAUGAGAGUUUUUGGAGAUCCUUAUACAAUGUUGUCUUUCACUCUGAUGUUUUGAGGUGAGUAGAAAAUGCUUCAAAAACCAUUCCUCUGCAAGUCUUUUGAGAUAAGAUGGAAUAUACAAUAAUGUGAGUUCCACUUCAGGUUCUCUGGAGUUAAAUACUGAACUACUCCUAUUUCACUGCAUUUUUAUUUUUUUUAACAAGUUUGGGUGCCCAAAAUGGGACCCAGUAGAGGUGACCAGAGUAGGCGGCAUUGAAGUUGCAUGCUGCCUUCAUGCUCCUGCUCAGAAUCUCUUUGCCUUGGUACCCAAGAUUUUUGUGACCCGGUUAGUCCCUGUAUUUUAACCAGCGUUUUAGCCACAGAGAAUUCUGUUCAUAUUCAAUCUUCUUAUUACCCCAAACUUUUUCAUUGCUGCUUUUUCCAAAAUGUUGUCUAUCUUCUGAUGUGACUUCUUCCAAGACAGUGUUCCAGUGGUGUAAAGGGGAAGAGGGAGAUGGUUAGACUUGGUUGAGCAAAAAAAAAACCAUUUGCAUAACAAACACCUACCCCUGUUUCAUUCACAUCAAUGUGUUUAAUGUAUUGGGGGGAAAAAAAUAACUUUCCUUCUAACCAGUGUGAUUGAUCUUCUGUAAAUUGUCUUUUACGAAGAGUUAAUGAGCAAGCUCACUUUUUCUUUCUUCUCAGCAGCAUAAAGCUUGUCUGGGACCUUAAUUCACUGAGCUUCUGUCUAUUAACUGAUCUCUAUCUCAUGUAAGAUUUUAGCAUUGUCUAGAGGCUGUCACUUCUGCAGCUGGGUCAAAGGCUGGUGGGACAAGGUGGCAGCUCUCAGGCUGACGGGCUCCUCAGCGUUGGGCCAAAGGGCAAUAUGUUUUAGUAGAGCAGCUGGUACGGUUCUUUCAGUGGCUUCCGAAAAUGGCAUUCAAGUUCCAGUACAGUGAAUUAGUUCCUAGUCCGUUUUUUUUUUUUCCCCUGUAAGUUCCUGUGGUGUGCUCUUACGUUUCAAACAGACGUGUGUGUUAGUGGCUGAAGCUUUUAUAAAUAUUUAGGCAGGAUUAUAUUUUUUCCCUGUUGUUGUAAUAUCUGUAUUUAAACAUCCCCAAAGCUUUUAUUGUGUAGUUUCACAGACCCAGAAUUCUGACGGCUUUCAGAAGAAGGACGUCAGUGGGUGUGACGCGUGGGAACUGUGAUGUCACGCCCUGCUCAGCCCUGGGCAGGGGAGGCUGCAGUGGGGGCAGGUACCAGGGUGGUACGGGGAUGGCUGCUGUGCCCUGAAAACCUUUGCUUUAAGAUGAGAAGCUGUGAGCCGGCCUCAGUGGGUGACAAUGGAGCCUCCAGAUGAUGUUCUGAGCUGCCUCAAGACUUUGCUUGAGGGUGUGAGCAGAGCUGUCCUAAAACAGAAACCAGAAGACAUUGCUGGGUUUUUAGCUUCCUAUUUCCAAGAGUUCAUCGACUUCCAAAAAGAGAAUCCAAACUUGGUUUUAACAGAAGUGGUUGAAAAAUUUGAUCUCAAGCAGGAAACUUGGAAUGGGGAACUGGAAGAGAAGACAUCAAAAUGUAAUGAGGCUUUGCUUUCUACUGAGUCCCAGAGAAAGGAAUCAUGUACUGACAGAGGGGAAGACCAUCCUGAAGACCUCGCUGCAUCCAGCUCCAGAGUAACUCUGUGCCCAUCACCGAUCAGUUCCAUUCCAGAAAGCAAACACCCCCCUGGACCCGAUGGAGCUUUAUCCCCCGAGGGAUCUGAACUUGCGUUUGUGCCUGCUGACCCUGCACAGCUCCCUGUCCCUGUGGAAGAUGAUAGCAGUAGUUCUGUUUGUCUUGUGAGAGACGUGGCAACCACUGUGCAGACUCUUCAGGAAGAUGCUUCUGCUGCCUCAGCAGCUGAGGCUUCUGUGUCACAACAAGGAGUGGAGCCUUGGUCCUCCAUGAGUGGAGAACUAGGACCCUCAGACGGCCAGGUCCUUGUCUUAACAAAUGAUGUAAAUCAAGUUUCCUCGCUCCUUUUGCAGCAAGAGCCCUCAUCUCUUCCACCACUGCCACCUCCUUCUAAGGAACAGUUGCAGGCUGUGCCUUCCUCCAGCGCUGCUGAGGCCAUCUCAACCACUGCUAAGCCGAUAAUGGAUGCAGAGGGUCCUUCUUACAUACAGCAGUUUCCAGAUAAAAUAAUCAUUUCCUUUAAUGGACAAACUCUUUCUUCUAUAAAGCUGUCACUAAAUGCAGGCCAGGUCUCAUGGCUGGCUGCUAAUGAUGCAGCAUUCCAGCCUGAGCGAAUGGAAGCCAUAGCACCAAUGGAAUCGGCUGAACAAGCUUGUUGCUUCAGAGUGGAAUGUUCCAUUCUGGAUGACAUGAUGAAGAACUGACACAACAGCUCUCAGAAUCACUUACUUCUUGAGCAACUUUGAGUGUAAGACUUGAGGAAAUGCUGGCCACAGUGAAGACCUGAGUGCAGAAGCGAUGAGGUAUUCAAUUUUUGCCAUCGCAUAGCCAAAAAAAAACCAUUUCUCCUUAUCUGUGCAGACGUCUCCAGCACCACUGCUGUACCUGGGUAAUUCUAGUCGCACACAGAAUAAAAGCAGAAAGCAUCUCA